CUUCCAUUGCAAUAGUAAAGGAAAAGGGAGAUAGGAUAUUCUUGUCGAACUUGGUGAAAGGGAACUCCUUUAGAGGGGAACGAUUAAUAAUUACGAAGCCAGGGAGGAGUUAAAGACAACGUAUUCAAUUCCAUGAUUUUGAUUUUUGAUUAUUUAUCAUUCCAUGAUUUUGUCGGUUCAUAAUAAACUUUGGCCAAUGCCUAAGAAACGUGACAUAAAUAGGCAUAAAAUAAUAACUAAAAUAAUUAAUUAAAUACGCGAUAACGCUCGUCGAAAUGUACGUGGAUUGAUAAACAUGCCACGUGAUUGCCAUGGACUCCUACAAAUCUCCGACUGCACCACCGGACCACCACUUGCACCACCAUGUCAAUGGCGUCAAUUAUUUACCGGAAACUUCAUCGGCAACCGAACAAGCGACUCAACUACAUACAAGUUAGAUUGGCAUCUGCCGCGACUGGUUUAAGCAACAAUGAAAAGAGUAAUCAGAGUAAUCGGAAGAUUGACAAGUUACUAAUUGCAAAUAGAGGCGAAAUCGCUUGCAGGAUUAUGAGAACGGCGAAACGGUUAGGGAUACAGACAGUUGCGGUUUACAGCGAUGCUGAUAGGCAUAGUCUUCAUGUGAAGUCAGCUGACGAGGCCGUUCGAAUCGGUCCGCCGCCGGCUCGAUCUAGUUAUCUUAACUCCUCUUCCAUUAUUGAAGCCGCCGUGCGUACGGGUGCUCAGGCUAUACAUCCAGGUUAUGGUUUCUUAUCAGAAAAUGCAGACUUUGCUCAACUUUGUGAGAAUGAGGGAUUCACUUUUGUUGGACCUCCUGCAUCUGCAAUACGUGAAAUGGGUGAUAAAAGCGCAUCAAAGAGAAUCAUGGGUGCAGCAGGUGUGCCACUUGUGCCUGGGUAUCAUGGUCAUGAACAAGAUAUUGAUGUCAUGAAAUCAGAAGCAGAUAAGAUCGGAUACCCUGUUCUUAUAAAGCCCACCCAUGGAGGUGGAGGAAAGGGUAUGAGGAUUGUGGAAAGCCCAAAAGAGUUUGUUGAUGCGUUCUUAGGAGCACAACGUGAAGCUGCUGCUUCUUUUGGUGUAAACACAAUUUUGCUGGAGAAAUAUAUAACAAGACCAAGACAUAUAGAAGUCCAGGUAUUUGGGGACAAACAAGGCAAUGUGGUAUACUUAUACGAGAGAGAUUGCAGUGUGCAAAGAAGACACCAGAAGAUAAUUGAAGAAGCUCCAGCUCCAGAUAUCAUGAGCGACUUCCGUUCACGUUUAGGUCAAGCUGCUGUAUCUGCUGCCAAGGCAGUUGGUUAUCACAAUGCUGGAACAGUUGAGUUCAUUGUUGAUACUCUCUCUGGUGAAUUUUAUUUUAUGGAGAUGAACACUCGUCUUCAGGUUGAACAUCCUGUGACUGAGAUGAUUGUUGGUCAAGAUCUUGUAGAGUGGCAAAUCCGUGUUGCUAAUGGAGAAUCACUUCCCCUUGGUCAAGCACAGAUUCCUAUAUCAGGGCAUGCCUUUGAAGCCCGAAUAUAUGCUGAAAAUGUGGCAAGGGGAUUUCUUCCAGCAACUGGAGUUCUUCAGUAUUUCAGUCCUGUUCCAGUCUCUGAAACUGUUCGAGUUGAGACUGGAGUUGAAGAAGGGGACACUGUAAGCAUGCAUUAUGACCCUAUGAUUGCUAAGCUUGUAGUAUGGGGGGAGAAUCGAGCUGCUGCAUUAGUUAAAUUAAAAGAUUCGUUAUCAAAGUUUCAGGUUGCAGGUUUGCCCACGAAUAUCGAGUUCCUCUACAAACUUGCCAACCACAAGGCAUUUGAAAACGCUGAGUCAGCGUAUGACUCAGCUAAACACAGUGCAGCCUUAGUUGCUGCAUGUAUUUGUGAAAAGGAACAUACGCUUUUAAAGAAAAGCCCCCCUGGAGGGUUGUCUGUGUGGUAUACACAUCCUCCAUUUAGACCCAACCAUCAAGCUACACGCACAAUAGAACUAGACUGGGAGAAUGAAUACCAUGAUAAUAAUAAUAACUCACAGAAUCUCACACUUUCCAUAACUUAUCUCCCAAACGGAAAUUACCUCAUCAAGACAGGGGAAAACGGCCUUCCUGAGGUGGAAGUCACGGUGACACAUCUUGGAGAGCAUGAUUUCAGAGUUGAAGCUGAUGGUUUAAGCAAAAACGUUAAUCUUGCUAGUUAUUUCAAGGAUGAGAGUGAGCACAUUCACAUAUGGCAUGGUUUAGAGCAUCAUCAGUUUAAGCAAAAAGUGGGGAUUGAUUUGUUGGAUAACCUUGAAUCCCACCAACACCGGAAUGGGAAUCAUGAUUCCGGAUCCCAUCCUCCAGGGACUGUGGCUGCUCCCAUGGCUGGCCUCGUGGUCAAGGUUCUGGUCAAAAAUGGAAUGAAGGUUGAAGAAGGUCAACCUAUGUUAGUCAUGGAAGCAAUGAAAAUGGAGCAUGUGCUGAAGGCACCUACCUCUGGCCUUGUUAGCGGCCUACAAGUCACUCCUGGCCAACAAGUUUCCGACAACACCGUUCUCUUCAAUGUCAAGGCUGUAUAACAUCAUGGUGCAAAUAUUACUUAAAUAACCUUAACAUACUAUGGCCAGAGAGUAGCUGUUUCCCAAAUCCGGUUUGAGGUAAAGACUCGUUGGGCUGUGUAUAUUAGAGAAUUAUAUUGUAUUUGCAUUUGCUGAUUAAAUUUAUCAUGUACACCUUUUAUUGUUGUACCUACUGAGAAUAAAACAGGUAAAGUAUUUAACAAUUACACACCCUAUCAAAACUUAGAAAGUUUUAACUAAAAAUAAAACAAAGUACAAUCGGGAUUAAAAAAAAAGAAAUUAUUGUGUUGUACUAUAAGAAUAAAAAAAUGGACCAGUUCUGAUAUUGACCUUUACUAGAGAAUUAUUCGUUUUAACUCAUUGCUUAACGUGUUUGAAUCAAUUUAUUUGUCGUGUAUGGUUUAUGUGUUUAUGCCUUUGUGGGGCAUAUAAUUCGUUAGAAUCGUAGGAUGAAUUUUGAAAGCAAAGAACUCCUUGCCUACCCCUGCCCCACUUCCAAAUUUUUAUUCUUCAUUUUUUUUUACAUAAUCGAUAGCAAGGUUUAAGCAUAUCCAAGAAUUUCUUGUGGUUCCAUAUUCUCGUUAAUAAAAAUAUUGAUAGAAAUAAGGUGAUAUAGAAGUCACUAAAAUCAUGGCUUCAUUUUUAAUUAUGAAAUUAAGAGUCGUCUAUAAAUAGUAUUCAAGUUUAAAAAGUAAAUAACAAAUUGGUUGCUGUUAGUAUACGGAAUCUAGAACUGACAUUUACAAGAAUAUAAACACUAAAAACAAAACCGCAUAUGAUUGAUUCCGAUUUACUGAGGAUUGGUUUGAUUAUAUCGAUCCAACCGAGAUUUGCUAUGCAUUAUUUUUUACCAACAUGAUUUUAGUUCGAAGGAAAAUAUGGUUUCAUUCUUUGUUUGACCAACAAACCGACGAGGUUGGCAUUUUGUG